AUGAUGCCUUAAAAAGAUAAUGUCGUAACUAUUUUGAACAGAUAACUAAAAAUUCUUAGUGUUUUAGGAUAAGGAAAUUUUGGAACUGUAUGGAAAGUUGAAGAGGAAAGGACCAAAGAAAUAUUUGCACUAAAAAUAUAAAAUUAUUUAGAUCCAUAUGAGUAGGAGAUUUUGGGAAAUCUUUCUUAGUUUUCUCACAGAAACAUAGUUAACGUCAUAGGUUAUGAAAAAAUUAAUGAUUAAUGUUUUUGUAUUCUAAUGGAAUGUUGUAAUGAAAACUUAUUUGAAAGAAUACAAUAAAAAGUAUUCGAUCAAAAAGAUCUUAGAUAUGUAUUAGUGAGCAUAGCAGAUGGACUAAAAGCAUUACAUAAUAAUACAAUUACUCAUAGAGAUUUGAAACCAGAGAACAUUAUGAUUAAAGUAAUUAAGGAUUCUAAGAAUCCAGAAUACACAUAAAAUAUAUAUAAAAUUGGAGAUUUUGGUUUAUCCUCAAAGAAGGAUAUUAACCAAACAAGUUAAGUUGGUACUUGUUACUACAUGGCUCCUGAGGUGAUUAAAAAUCAACCCUAUACUAACUUGGUUGACAUAUGGUCUUUAGGAGCAAUUUCAUACGAGCUAGUGACAAACAGGCCAUUGUUUGAAGGAUAUACCUAAGAUUAAGUCCUAGAAUAAGUUGCUAAUUUCAACAAAAAAGAAUUCUACGAUGUUUUUCUUUAAAAGAUAUCAAUAAUUAAAGAAGAUGAAUACCAAUCUCUAAUUAAAAAAAUGUUGCAAUAUAAUCCUGAGAACAGAAUCAAUAUAGAUGAAGUUUUCUCCUCCAAAAAUUCUGCCUUUAUUUUAGCCGAAAAUCGAUGCUCCCCACAAAUUAUUUCAAACUCCCAAAACAUAUGA